GCUCCUCCGCCUGCGCUGCCUCCGCCCCUCCGUGGAGUUUUAUAACUUGCCGGGUUUCCGCGUCCUGUGACUCUGGUCAGGUGGUUCCCUCGCUCUCCACAGCCGCCUGCGGGAGGACGCGCCUUCCCACCAGAAAAGACGGAGUUGAACAAAGAAAGUUUGCCGAGCGGCUGCAGCAAAGCUCUAGGAACCUUCCCCUUCUCGCCCGGCUCCCCCUGAGUGUCGCUGGCGGCUGGGGAGCUCCCGGGGCAAGGCGGGCAGGCAGGCGGGCGAGGGGCGCGAGAAUGGCGGGGGGAGGCGAGAGAGGCGGCGGCGGCGGCGGCGGCGUUGGCGCGGGGCAGCCGGAGAGCCGGGAGCAUCUGUUCAAGGUGCUGGUUAUCGGCGAGCUGGGCGUGGGCAAGACGAGCAUCAUCAAGCGCUACGUGCACCAGCUCUUCUCGCAGCACUACCGGGCCACCAUCGGCGUGGACUUCGCCCUGAAAGUGCUCAACUGGGAUAGCAGGACCCUGGUCAGGCUGCAGCUGUGGGACAUCGCAGGUCAAGAACGUUUUGGCAACAUGACCAGAGUGUACUAUAAGGAAGCUGUUGGUGCUUUUGUAGUAUUUGAUGUCACAAGAGGCUCAACAUUUGAGGCAGUUUCCAAGUGGAAACAUGACUUGGACAGCAAAGUGCUUCUCCCAAACGGCAGCCCAAUCCCUGCAGUUCUAAUUGCCAACAAAUGUGACCAAAAGAAAGACAGUGGCCAAAAUCCUUCUCAGAUGGACCAGUUCUGCAAAGAAGGAGGUUUUGCUGGGUGGUUUGAAACCUCUGCAAAGGAUAAUAUCAACAUAGAUGAAGCUGCUCGGUUCUUGGUAGAAAACAUCCUUGCAAAUCUCAAAGCCUUUCCUAGUGAAGAGAAUGAUGUCGGGAGACUAAAACUGGAACCGGGUCCUCUGACAGCAGAAAGCAAACCUCAGUGCUGUUAGUUACAUCCAAUCUUGCAGUGACACACUAUGUCAGAGCAGCGAGAUUCCUGCUCCUCAUGUUGGACUGCUGCUAUGGUGCUUCAUCACGACAAUCCUAAUGGGGAAUUGUGUUUUGUAGAGUUGAUCACACUGCAGGCGUUUACACACUUUUUUCCUUGUUGGGUAGGACUUCAAAUUGCCUUCUACGCUAUAUCAUUGUCUGGUUGUGAACCAUUUAGCACAGUUGAAAGCUGCCUCCAAUACGAAAAGGCAGUAUUUAUCCUACAAGGCAAGGGUCAGUAUGAGUGACUCAAACCCAAUAUUUAUCUUUCACAGUGCAAUUUCAGAACUAGAAUAGGAACAUCUGUCUAUGAAUGAAAAUGUUCAUUUUGAUAAGUGCUAUUAUCGUUUGCUUAUAUCCCCUUUAAUGCAUAAAAAUCCUGUAGCUGCCCCCUUUUGCUUUUCCCAUAAUGUCUCCUCCAUUCGUCUUGAGCACCAGGGUCACCAAGCCUUUAGGGACACUUGGCACCCAAGAACACUUCAUUUCUGAAAAGCACAAGACUGAUAUUAAGCAAUGGUAAUCUUAAACUCUAUUGCUUGGAAAGUUGGGAUAGGAAGAUUAUGCUGUUUGGAAGGGAGUGAUAAGGAUAAGUCAGUGCUGUCCCA